UGAACAGUACUGAGAUGAAUUGAUAAUGUGGAUUGGAAAGCGUUGCGCGGAAAAAUAACCGGGGGUUGGAUUUUUGGCGGAAUGGCGAGGACAAAGAAGUUUUUGGAAUCGAGUGAAGGAGUGCAUGAAGGGUCGUGAGCGUAGUGGAGUGAUUUGCCAGUUGCGUUGUGAUUCCGUAAGAUACUUAAAACUUCACCUCGCCUACUUAUAGCGGAACCGCCAGAACAGUUUGUGGGUAUAACUGAUUCGAUACGUUAUUUUAUGGAUGAGCGGAACUUUCGCUGAGUGAAUUCAGUGAUUUUGCAAAUGUUUGACGGGGUCCAUUCCAGGACUAUUCGUGGACUUGCUAGCACUCCCUCCUUGAAGUGAACGGGGUGCAAGUUGAACACUCCCAGAAAACAAACGAAAAUCUUGUGUAAAUUGAGUUUUCCCACCUACAUUUUGACCAGGACGGAAUUCCAAACUCAACUUACAAAAUCUCUCGUCCUGUCCUGUUGGAGUCGGGCGUAGAUCUGAUUUUUGCAGUACUGUCCUCCCCAGUCAUUUCAGUUCCCUGUACUGAGGCUUGGAAUUUUGAUAUCUGGAUGAAUAUUCAGUAAAAGUGUUUCGUAUACUUCCUGGCGUCAGGACGACUUCAGUGUGCUGCUGUUCAUCUGCAUCACAUAAAACUAAGGUUACUAGAAUAAGAACAUAAUGUAGAAAGGCGUCCAAGCAAUUACUUAAAAAUAGAGAGUAAGCAACUUUGAACAAAGUAAACCAGCAUCAAUCCGGAUAACCAAACAAAGAAGACCCUCUACACAUUUGACGAAGCCGCUGCGCUAUGUGGUACCGGAAAAUUUCACACCAUCCUUUUCUUCGUUUGUGGACUAUGUACCCUAACUCUCAUGACAGCAACACUCUCAGUAGGAUUUUAUAUAAUGUUUGUGAAAUGUGAUCUAGACGUUUCUGUAUAUGAACAAGGACUUCUUGCAUCGACAGCCUUCAUAGGAAUAGUGAUAAGUUCACACACUUGGGGAUUCCUCUCAGACACAUGGGGUCGAUUAAAAGUCAUCCAGAUCUCGAUAUUUGGAAGCGCCAUUUUCGCUUUGGUAUCCGCAUUUUCGUAUACAACGUGGAUGUUCAUUUUGCUGAGACUUCUGGUGGGUAUACUGAUAUGUGGGACACAGUCGUCAAUUUUCAGUUACUUAGGAGAAUUCCAUAGUACGAACACGAGGUCCCAGGCAGUCACUUAUUUGUCAUCAUUUCUCUCAGCAGCGUUAAUGUUUCUUCCUGCCCUUGCAAUUGGAAUUCUUCCACUUGAAUUCGAUUGGAUGUUGUAUGGAAAACGAUUCCCGUCUUGGAGAUUUUUAGAAAUUGUUUAUACAAUUCCUGGAAUAAUCGCAUCCGUCGCUUUGCCUUUUUUGCCGGAGAGUCCGAAGUAUCUUUUCACGAAGGGUGACCACCAAAAAGCCAUAGAUGUAUUACAAUAUAUUUAUCAUGUGAACACAAGCAAGUCAAAGGACGAAUAUCCAGCGAAAGGAUUUUGUGACAGUGAGAAAAGUGGAAAUUUGAAGGAGAUCAACGGUGUUAAGAGUGCACUUCUUCUUGUUUGGAACCAAACCAUCCCCAUGUUCUACAGAUCACGAAUCCUUGUAACGCUGAAUCUGUUGGUUCAUAUUUUUCUUUCAUACUUCGUGGCACAUGGAGUGUUUAUGUGGUUUCCGGAAAUACUAACCGCCUUGGCGAAACACAUAGACACUAAUAUGACGAUUUGCGAAGUGAUGAGAUACGAGUUGGAUGUUGCCGCAAAUACAACUGGAGUUUCAAGUGGAAACCUUGGCUGUGCAUCUUAUGUGGAUCUUGUGACGUACCAAGUUAUGAUAAUUAUGGGAGCAGUUUAUACCAUUAUAGCCUUCAGUGCAGGAUAUUUGGUAAAAAUCGUUGGGAAGAAAUACUUAAUGAUGUUUUGGUUCCUAUUUUCAGGGGUAACAGGAAUUGCUUUGAUCUGGGGCCAAGGGUUCUACCCCAUUGUAACUCUGUUCAUUUGCUUUUUAGUAAUUGGAGUCUGCGGAGCGCUAGUUACUACAAUAUCUGUGGAUUUCUAUCCGACCAGCAUAAGUGCAAUGGCCAUGUGUUUGAUCAUGAUGGUUGGCCGUCUAGGAGUCGUAGCGGGAAGCAACUCGGUUGGAAUUAUCCUGAACACCAAUUGCGAAGCUAUAUUUUAUGGCUUAGGAAGUCUGCCGUGUCUUAUUAUUAUAUUAUCUUAUCUAUUACCAAAUGGUCCAUCAGAGAAGAAGAAAGUAGAUAAUCCAUGAAAGAGAACGGAGGGGUGAAUUCGAUUCAUUUUGUUUUUCAGGCCUUUACUUACGGAUUGUGAACUCUGUAAUUCUCAUCUUUAUUUAGGAUCUACAAAUAAGAAUUUUAUUUUUGCAUCUUGA